GCACAAGUAUGUACAUUAUAUGUAGGUAUGUAACUCCACAAUCCUAGUCGCUUUUUAGUCAGUUCGUGCGAAGGGGGAAGGGGAAACAAUUACAAACGACGGUCAAUCUGAAUACAUACAUCCUUUCAAUUUCAAUUUCAACCUUUUCCUUCUCUUUCACUUCGUCUCAUGCACUUUAUUAUAUUUUCUUCUUUUUUCAUGGUCUGCGAUCGAUAUUGAGUUACUCGUAGUAAUUUGUUUUCCUCCCGAGACAGAUAUAACAUCGAUUUAAGUCCGCCGCGUGUCGCGUUGCGUUUGUCGAUUCCUCGUCAUCUCCUGAACAAUACUUCCAAGUCGAUACCCUAGGUACAUAGACUCGAUACGAUACAUGACAAACACCCAAACCACGACGACAACCUCACCCCGAUCUUAACCUCGCCGAACCACUCGAAUAUCUUCUUCAUAUACCACUGACUGGUAUCCAUCAUGUCGGGCCCAGAGGAGCCGCAUUCGUCCGACGCCGCUCCCCAGGUUCAUGGGUCGCCUGCUCCCUCGGACAAGGACACGGUAGGUCAAUUACCUUAUUUUCACAUGCAAGACCCCUACUCUCCCUUGUCCUACCAUAUCUUCUAGCCUGGGUCGAUUUGUAUCUAGAUACAUAACAACACGCCACAACACAGAAAACAUGCUGACUCCUAACCAUGUAAAGGACACCUUCGAGGAUGCUGUCGACACAGGAUCUGUAAGAUCUCUAACAAACCGCAAACUUUCCCCUCGACCCAGCAGCGGCGCCACAGAUAAUACGCCAGGUUCCCCAGAAAGUCCGCCCCCUAAGGAAAAGCCAAACGGGGAUAUAUCAGAGGAGAAGGAGAAGGAACAGGAAAAAGAAAAGGAGAAUGGAGUGGACGUUGAGGAUGACGCAACCACGAAAACGACAUCGCAAUCUAAACGCAUAUCGGCUGCAUCUCUGGACAAUGUCGACCUUAGCGAUGGUGCCACAGACCAGAAGCCGCCGAAAGAAGAGCAACCGCCUAUAGUAGUGCCAGAAAAACAACCGUCCAAAAAACUAUCCCUAAGCAAUAUUGCUGCUUCCCUCCCUUCAAUGCCAUGGUCUCCUUCUAAUGCAGAGUCACCCCCGAAGACAAGUCCGAAUCCAAUUAACAAUCCUGGCCCAAUUACAGCCCCAGCACCUGCGGCGCCAUCCCGAAAAAUUACAGGUCCAUUCUCCUGGUUAUCACGCAAUUCCACACAUAAAGACAAGGAUAAGGACGUUCUUACGUCACCGCCUGUUACCGCCAGCUCACCCCGAAGAAACACAGCAAGCUCGAUAGCUACGUUAACCAGCAACCCGGAAAUGAUGCUUAGUAAACUCGAGGAAGAGAAUGAGGACCAUGGCGGCCCUCGCCUGUCAAGGAAUAGCUUGAAGGAUAGAUUUAAGAUGGUGCGAAUGCGAGAAGAGGCCGGAAUUUCUCUUUCCCCCAGCGAUGACGAUAAAUUCCCAGGGACAACCCUAGGAGUUGUGAGCCCGACCCGAGAGAUCACUCAGGACGGAACUCCUGCCGCACAACCUCCACCAUCUCCUUUGCCCUCGAAUGCGGAUACGAAUUUAGCCCCUGGGACUGUCUCCGGCGUAUCUGCUGGGCCAUCAAUUAUUUCGGAUGCUCAAGUCGAUUGGGAUUUAUGGCAGUCAGUAGUAUACGAGGGUCCAGCUGCUGUUGCAAGGACGAACCCAGAGGAACUUAAUAGGGCCAUUGCUACGGGCAUACCUAAUGUGAUUCGUGGUGUAGUCUGGCAAGUCCUUGCUCAGAGCAAGAACGAAGAUCUUGAGAAAGUAUACAGGGAUUUAGCAACGCGAGGAUCGGACAAAGCGCAAGACAGGAAUAGCAACAGCACAUCAGUCAGCGUUUCAAGUAACGGCAACCUAAGCUCAGACAAGGAAGCAGUAGCCUCUUCAGCGUCUUCGGUGCAUUCAGAAGUGUCUGGAGCUAGUGGCAAGAAGACGUCACCGCCAUCUGAACCUUCAGAGGCGGCCCUGAAGGCCCAAGCGUUAGCUACCGCGGAAAGGAAACGAAAAGAGAAAGAAGAUGCCGCAAAUAUACAGAAACUCGAGAAGGUUAUCAAGAGGGAUCUAGGUGCGCGGACAAGCUUUUCAAAAUAUGCCGCAGCUGCUGGUCUACAGGAUGGCCUGUUCGGUGUCUGCAAAGCCUACGCUCUCUUUGAUGAGCCCGUCGGAUAUGCGCAAGGGAUGAACUUCUUGAUUAUGCCCCUCCUUUUCAACAUGCCAGAGGAAGAAGCCUUUUGUUUGUUGGUACGACUGAUGAACCAGUAUAAACUGCGCGACCUGUUUAUCCAAGACAUGCCCGGACUACACAUGCACUUGUAUCAAUUUGAGCGAUUACUGGAAGAUUACGAGCCCGCUUUGUAUUGCCACCUACAUCGUCGCGGCAUCUCACCUCAUCUAUAUGCGACGCAGUGGUUCCUUACCCUUUUCGCAUACCGGUUUCCCUUACAACUGGUGUUGAGGAUUUACGACCUUAUUCUUUCGGAAGGCUUAUCAGCGAUUUUGAAAUUUGGAAUUGUUCUGAUGCAGAAGAACGCAUCGACACUACUUACUAUGUCCGACAUGUCUCAAUUAACAACUUUCCUAAGGGAUAAGCUAUUCGACGUAUAUAUCGAUCAAUCACCAAGCGCUGGCAGCAUUCUUGAGAAUGGCUUUUUUGGUAGCAGCUCUUCGAGCGCUGAUAAGGAAGUCUACCGAGCGGAUCAAUUGGUCCGGGACGCUUGCGAAGUGAAGAUUACACCUGAGGUUCUUAAAGCAUACUCCACCGAGUGGGAAGAAAAGACGCGUGCCGAAAAGGAGCGAGAAAAGGAAUUGGAGCAGUUAAAAACGUCAAACCUAAGCCAGGCUAUCAAGAUCCGAAAACUUGAAGAGCGACUCGAGGCAAGCGAUCGAGAACAGGCUACGGUAACAACGGACCUUGUUCAUACCAAGAUCGAGAACGAAGAAUUGAAGGAUAAGAACGAGAGUUUAAGCGGCCAAGUCAAGGAACUUCGUAACGUCAUCGAGAAGCAACCUGAAGAGAUAGAGCAGAAGUGGCAACUCGAGCGUGAAGACCUCAUGAAAAGGAAUGAGAAAGUACACGAGGAAAAUAGGAGGCUCGAAAAGGAAAUGCAGGAGCUUGAAGAGGAACUCGUGCAGACUAAGAUGCGAUAUGCUGAGAUCAACUCUCAACACGAGACCCUCCAAAGGAAAUGGGCAGACCUUAAGCGACAAUUCGCAUAAGUCGAAUGCUUUCCUCUCCCUGCUCUCAUUCAAGACCUCCCGGUCCGCCACUUUCACGUUCUUGUACAAAGUAAAAAUACCCCUAUGGCUGUUGUAGUUAGCAUGUACCAGGUGGGAAAGAAGGGAGCA